ACUUCUCCAAUCCGUAAGCAGGUCGUCGUCCAUAUUUUUCACUCGGUUGCCAAAUUUCUUUUCCAGCUCCCGACUUGCUAACACAAAGCAACCCACAGAAACCCGAACAAGCCUCGCCAUGACAUUAAGUCAUAACCAACCGGAUCAGCCCCCGAUGGCUUCCCUCAUCGACAUCGGCGAGUACGUAAUGCCGGAUAUCCAACAUCCCGAUGAAUCGGACGGAAUGUGCUCGAUCAAAACGACCCCUAUCUCUGGGUCUGAAUAUGGCGGUGACGACCAAAAGGAGCCUCUCAUGCCUAAGGAGUCUUUGCCAACCACCAAGGCGUCCGUCUCUGAAGCCCAUGCAGGCACUCAAAGCAAUCUUGUCCCUUCAAACAAGGUUAUUAUCGCUGAACGCCCUUUCGACGCACGGAAUUCAUUGGAGCUUAGUUUCUCAUACGGCGAUAUUCUGCAUGUCAUCGGUCGUAAGAAUGACCAGUGGUACAAGGCGUUCAACCCUGCACAACCAGACGUUCGUGGUCUCGUGCCUGUCGCAUAUUUCCGAGACGUUGAUUUCUGGGAUACAAAGCUGUGGGGUACAAGGCUGGGUGAGAUAGUGUUUGUGGGGUCUAUUCUGUCUUCUUUCCUUUUUGGGGUUUUCGGGCCUUUCAUCCCCUUUGGUGGGCUUUUCUUUCUGGAUUGGCGGUCGUCUGUUGAGCCUACCACUCCAUGCACCUCGUCGUCUUCCUGCGCGAACAAAGUCCAGAUUCCUCUUUGCGGCCCCACCAAGCCCUACCAGCCGUACCAUCUCCUUCCAGCCUAUAACCAGACCGCCUACGGCAUUCUCGACUGCAACCACAACGCCACCCAUGCCGAACUGUGGCUAUCCUUCUUCGACAAGUCCACCGCAGCCACCCUUGUCCACUUUCACGACAGGGGCGGAAUGCCUAACGAAAUCGACUGCCGGCCCUGGAAGCGUCCGAUGUUGAGGUACACCGAGGCAUCAGGGCUGAACGAAUUCACCCCAGAGGAGUGGGCUAUCCAGUACUUGUUCCUGAAGGAGGACCGUUCCGUGGCCGACUUCGUGAUUCUCCCCAGCUUGGGUAUCGAUACACCGGGUCCGAUCUCGUGCCACAACGAUGAGACAAGUCUCCGUAGACGGUCUCACCAGUAUAUUGUUCAGAUGGAGGUGGUCAGGCAGCAGAUUGCGAGGAAGAGGCAGCUGGAGAUUAAGGAGCUAGAGGACAAGAAGAAGAAGUCGGAGACAACCAGGAAGCCAUCCGGAUUUUUUUGAUGUGGGGAACGUAUCGAUUUGAGUUGAGGCACCAUUGACAAGCAGUUGGCGGAGAGAAGUAAGCCCGAGGAGACAAGGAAC